GACUUUGCCCCCUCCCCCUUCUCUGCGCGCAACGCAAAGCAAACCGCAGCGAGCUCCUCAAAGCAAACCGCAGUUGCUUUCCCCACUUUGGAUUCAUCUGAACCCAAGCUUGGGUUUGGUUUGUGUUAGUGACCUGGUGAGAGGAGGAGCCGGUGAUGAUGACCGUGCCUUUCUGCGGCGGCGUUUCCGCCUUGACGGGGAUUCGCCUCCGCCGCCUCCUCUCCUUCCUCAGGCGCCGCCGCCUCUUUGACACCGCCCACGCGCUGGAGAGGCAGGCGGGCGUCUUCUUCGACGUGGCGCAACCUCCGCCGGAUGCUGCUUGAUGGCCGCUGGGCUGCCCCCUCGUCCUACGCGCUUGGCUUCGUCACUGCCGGUGAUUGCAGCAGGGAGGCCGACAUGCUCCUCGUCCGUAUCCUCAUCCUCCGCGUCAUGGCCAACUUCGCCGUCGGCCAGACCCGCGCUGUCGACGCCGUGUUCCAACGCCUCUGCGCUUCCCUCGACGACCACCCAGACUGUCACCAUCUCCGCAGAAUCCUACUUUCCUUGCGCUCAUACCGACUUAGGGCCUGCAAACUCUAUCAUCGCAUCAAGCCCAGGGCAGGGCAGGUCAGAUUGUGGGGAUGCAAUAGGCGUCAGAAGAAUAAAGCUGGCGCAUCUCAGCAAAUAUCCUUGCACGUUCCUUUCUGCGGAAGAGCUAGACUGGUAACAACUUCAUUGCACUGUAGUGGAAAUCUGACUUCCUUCUGCGCUUCAAAUGCUUCAGUGUGCCACCAAAUCUCUGUCAAUUUGAGAUUGUUAAUCAAGUGGCCCUUUGUUUCAAUAUAUCUGAAUUACAUCGAAGAGAAUGUUUUCUGAUGAACCAAAUGUAGACAGCUGGACUGUGGCAACAAAUGUGAAUUGGUACAUGAAUAUUCCAAAUAAUCAGCAUCAGGUAAGCAAAUGAAUGGCCAAAACUUAAACACUGGGAAUGUUAAUGCUUUGAGCCUUUCAGCAGAGUGGCCGUUCUGGUGGAGGUGCCUCCAGAGACUGCAGCUCCCCAACGCCAUCCUCAACCAGGAACGCCAUGGCAAGGCCUCAGGUGAUGUGCAUGUCCAGAUGGCAGUGCAUCAACCACGACCCGGGUUGUCGGCGACGAACCGGGUGACAGCCCAGCCAUUCACCGGCACGCCGACCGUGUUCCUCAUGGACGGGUCGUCAAGGUUAAACUUUUGCGGUGUCGUUGGCAGCGUUGAAGUUGCCGAAGCCCUCUUCGUGGAUGUAGAAGUGGUAGCCGUGGAUGUGGAUGGGGUGGUUCUCGGCCGCGAAGAUGUUGGUGCCCUGGAGCACGAGCAGCACGACGGAGCCGUACUUGAGCUUGUAGACCUUGCACGGGCUGCCAGAGCGCUCGGCUGACGUUCUGCGCCGUGUAGUCGAACUGCACCGGCGGGUUGGCGGGGAAGUCGGUGGUGAAGACGCCGGGCGCGCCGUGGUAGCGCACCUGGAGGAUGGAGACGGUGGACGGGAGCCCUAAGGAGACGUUGUUGAUCCGCGUGUUGUUGGGGCCACCGCAGUUCUGGCUCCUGUCGCAGUUGAAGAGGCCGACGCCAACGGUGAAGAAGAGGUUCUCGUCGACGUGCGAUGGCCGAUGGGAGCUCGGCCUUCCGGAGGCGGUGUCGUUGUAAGCCUGGAGAGUCGGCAUGUUGGGGCUGCUGCUGGAGGUGGCGCCGUAGUCGAAGAUGGCGGCGGCGGCGGUGUACGUUGUCGAAGGGGACGCCUUGGGCGCUGGCGUAGGCGCGGGCGGCUAGGUAGUAGCGGGGGCUGGUCGAAGGUGACGAGGAACAGUAGACUACUUGAACAUGUUUUCUUUCAUGUGGUAAAUCGAUGCUUGAAAUUCUUAGUCAAAUUAAGGUGCAAUGCAAUCGAGUGAUCAUGCAUGAAUCACUUCAUCCGAAACUUUGACCUACAAUUUUUAGUAUGGAUUUAGGUAGUUGCAAUAUACUUUGAAACAACUGUACCUGCCUUUUCUUUUGAUCAAAGAUAGGUGCAAAAUAAAAUAUGUAGCACAUGCUUAGCUCUCCAUUAUUUUAUCAACACCUAACGUUGCAAAAGGAGGAAAUUAAUUAAAGCUAGCAUGUACAUGUUAGGCCUAUUGUGGCAUGUCGGCCACAAUGACAGCCCAAAGAAACGCCCGGCCCAAUGAUACGAUUUUGAUUAUGCAACUUGAGAAGCCAUACGCUGUGUGUGUAGAGUUCUCUACACUAAUAUAGUAAUGACUCUUUUGAUGGCGA